CUUAGGUUCAGUAGUGUAAAUAUGAGAUGGGGUGUGACAAUUCAAGACCUAUUUCAAGUUGGAAGGAAAAAUGGAAAAUUUUAUUUCUUUGACGUGUCACGAAACUAGUGUAUUGUGUGUGUCACAUCUCGCUAAGCCUUGUUACUGGUAGCUACAAAGAAAUUAGAAGGGUUAAAAUACGAGUUUGGUAUUUGAACUUUCAAGGGACAUCUAGAACAAGGAGUAUAGUUGUUAGGUGCCAAGUAUGAGGAGUUGUGUAAUUGUUCAGCCCAUUGUGUAAAAGGUAAAUAUGACAUGGAAUUAUGUUUAUAGUAGUAGGUCCACAGAGUCUUUGGAUCAAAUCAGAAGCGGAGUUAACUUCUCAACUCCAACUCCUUGAGCCAAACCGGUGUAUCAAAUGGAUCUCAGAACUUCUAGCUUCUCAACAUGCUCCGGCUAUGGCGACUCCGACGGGUCAGCUCUCUUUUCGCAAGCUACUGGCUUUGCAGAUUUGGAGGAAUAUAUAUUGGAUGGGAGAAGAAGCAGCUGUUUUGGCUGCAGUUUGCAAAACAAAACUUGAAGAAGAAGAAGAAGCUAGUAGGACGCUCACUCUUCUGUCUUGGGUUGGUGCUGUGAUUAGUAGCUGGUGCAAUUUCAUAACUGUCUUGUAUGUUGGUCAUUUUCUACUAGAGGAGGAUGAUAAGUUUCUAGAUAAGGUUUGAGCUACAGUUCAGGAAGAGGAAUGUCAAGCCCUUGCUGCAUUUGGUGCCUGUUUCCAAUAUUAAUAAUUGUUUGAAGAAGCAUUUUCGAGACCUUUAAAAUGUCGUGAUCUUUGAAUUUAUAUAAUUCUGUUUGGUUGCAGUUAAUUUUACAAGCGUGUUUUCAUUGUUGGUGGAAUCAGACUUGAAUAAUAUGGGAUUUAUGUGCUUUAAGAUAUGAAUGGGAUUUAUUGUUGCUUUAAGAUA